AUGGCAGUGCCGCUGUCCCCGAUCCUCCGGACGGCCGUCUGGGCAGUCGCAGCUCCUCUCGGCCUCUACUUCACAUUUCUUGCCCUCGGCGCCACACCCUUCUUCCAACGACACUUCCUCUACGCCCACAAGAUAAACACAUUAUGGUGGCGCGACGUCAACGAACCUGAGCGAUUCGGCUUUGCUAGGGGCCAAGUCACGCCGUUCUCUCUCAAGACUCCGGAUGGCGUCGACUUGUAUGCUUGGCACGUGAUGCCCUUACCAGCGUAUCUCAAGCAGGAAGAGAGGUUCUCGGCGCAAAAGCCGGGGUUCUGCGAGGAUUUCACUCAGACGGAGUCUUUCCGGGCUAUUAAGGAGGACCCCGAUGCUCGAGUUGUCCUUUCUUUUCACGGAAACGCUGGAGAUAUCGCCCAAAAUCAUCGUCCAGACAGCUACCACGUCAUCACAGACACCUCCUCUUAUCACGUUCUUGCCAUCGACUACCGCGGUUUCGGCCACUCUACCGGUGUGCCAUCCGAGGACGGCCUUAUCCAAGAUGCGGCAACUUUAAUUGACUGGGUCAUCAACGUCGCGGGCGUACCGUCAGAUCGAAUUGUCCUCCUCGGCCAGAGCUUGGGGACUGCUGUCACCAGUGGCGUCGCGGAGCUGUACGCUUCCCAGGGCAUCGAGUUCGGUGGUAUCGUUCUCGUCGCAGGCUUCAGCAAUCUGCCCAAGAUGCUGAGCGGCUACAAAAUCGGUGGAAUGUUCCCUGUUCUUGGGCCCCUGAAGGUCUGGCCCGGAUUCCUGGAGUACAUGGAGGGUUUCAUCUACGACAAAUGGCCGUCGGCAGACAGGCUGGAGAGUCUCGUGAAGCUGACGAAGAGGCGGUUGCGGUUGACGCUCAUCUCCGCCGAGGACGACUCGGACAUUCCUUGUGAAGAGAGCAGUAAGCUGUUCCGGGCCGCAGCAAACGCCACUGUCGAGGGUGGCCUCAAUGACCAUUCGUUCGAAUCUUGGAAGGAGGUGCGGACGAUUCACAAGGGGAAGAAUGCGUUCGUCACGACUUGGCAUGCGGAUCACAACAUUAUCAUCCGCCAGGAGAGGUUCCCGUACGGAGGACACAACGACAUCAUGGGAUACGCCCCUGUUAUCCUCGCUAUCAUGCGAUCCUUUGACUUCGGGGGCACGGUGUACGAUGGAGCCGGUUCUGACACUAGCAGCCGGACCCUGUGA